GAGUUUAUAAAAGUGCUGCAGCAUUUCGAGAUUAGCCACAGUCGCGUUUAACAUCUCGUUACAAAAACGCUUCUACAUUCUAAUUUAAAUCGUUGUUCGUGUGGCUAACUUGAAAGAAAGCAGCAACAAAAGUAGUGCAAAAGUUAGCAAGCAUGGUGUAUAAUAAUGCACACACACGCACAUUGGCUGCGUUGAAAGGACUUUUAAUUGUGUUUGCCUGUGUGAGUGUAGCGGACAGCUUAGAUUAUUACACGGAGAAACCCUCUUACCUGCAAACUUGCCGUAUCAAUGACCCGGAAUUUGUGAAAUGUUCUACAUCCAGUAUACAAAAGCUGAUGACUCAGCUGGGCAAAGGGAUUCCGGAAGUAACGGAAGUAAUUGGAUCAUUCGACCCAUUGAAGAUAAAAGAAAUACAGUUCGCACAGGAUAAUCAAGGCGCUGUGACACUGCAUGCCAAUCUCACUGAAAUGACUGCGACCGGACUGUCCGAUUUAGUUAUUAAAGAGAGCAAGGUGAGUAAGAAGGACUACAGCUGGGAGACCAAAGUUUAUGUGCCGAAGCUACGUUUGGAGGGUCAAUACAAAAUGGCUGGAAAGAUUCUACUAAUACCAUUGAAUGGCGCCGGUCAUAUGUUCAUCGAAAUAGAAAAACUGAACAUACUCAUGCGCACCAAAACUCGCCUAUAUGAGAAAGGCGGUUUCACCUUCUACAAUGUCACUAAGCUGCGCAUGGAUUUGAGUCCAGGCGGUGUAAAAACGAAUUUUGAAAAUAUUUUCAAUGGUAAUAGCAAAGAGGUGGAACGCAGCACUAAUCUUUUCUUCAAUGAAAACUGGCGUGAGUUCUUCGAAGCGCUUCGUCCGCUCAUAACGGAAACUGUGGAGAAUACCAUGUUGGACAUAUUGCAGAAGGUCUUCCACUUAGUACCGGCGAAUUUCUUUAUUGAAGAUAUACCAACUUCGAAGGAAUUGUACGGAAAAGGGAAGAACAAGUAAAGUGAAUUAUAUAGAAUAAUGUGUAAAUAGUAGAAGAAAUAAAAUACAGUGGUCGUUUUAAA